CUCAAAGCGGCGUUGAAAUCGCCGGCAGAGAUCGAUGAAUUGCGACGAAGGAGGAAAGGCAAGCGUUUGGCGGCCUACCAGGACAAUCAGAAUACUUUGAUCGAAUAUCUUUUGAAACCCAUGGAAGAGCAUACCCAGGAUGCUCGCGCAGAGGAAGAUGCUGCCCGCCUUCCGGUCAAGAUUGCUGUGUGGGCUAGUCUGGUCGUUAAUGCAUGUCUUUGCGUUUUACAAUGUAACACGCGCGUUUUCACGCGUCUCUAGAAUUUCACAAGCUUCGACAGUGUAUGCCGCCAUCUCUUCUCUCUCGCUUUCGAUUCUUGCCACGGCAAUUGAUGCGGUCUUCGACAUCGGGAGCAACAUCCUCCUCUUCUGGCUCCACAAGAAGGCUGAUGGGCUAGAUGAGAACAAAUGGCCUGUCGGCGGAGCCCGCCUGGAAACUAUUGGAAAUAUUGUCUAUGGCUCUCUUAUGGGCUCUGUUAACCUAGUAGUCAUCGUGGAAUCAGUCCAGUCGCUGAUCACCAAGAAAAACGACAACCUGAAGACAUUCUUCCUGCCCUCCAUCUUGGCAGUCGCGGCAGCUCUGGCGGCAAAACUCGUUCUGUUCGUGUACUGUUUUUCUCUGAGGAAGAGAUCGAGCCAAGUCCAUGUCCUUUGGGAGGAUCACCGAAACGAUUUAUUCGUGAAUGGCUUCGGUAUAUUGAUGUCUUGUGGCGGCAGCAAACUACGAUGGUACUUGGACCCGAUGGGUGCUAUCAUCAUUGCUCUAGGCGUAAUCGUUUCCUGGAUACUGACGAUCCACGGUCAAUUCGAGCUGUUGGCGGGGAAAUCAGCGCCGUUUGAGUUUCUUCAACUCCUGGUAUACAAGUCCUCGACAUUUAGUCCCGAGAUCCAGAAGGUCGACACUGUACGAGCUUACCAUAGCGGACCUGACUAUUUCGUCGAGAUUGAUAUCGUCAUGGAUGCGAGCACCCCGCUGUCGAAAGCACACGAUAUCAGCCAAGCACUGCAGGACAAGAUUGAAGUUCUCCCGAACGUUGAGAGAGCGUUCGUGCAUGUAGAUUAUGAGACAUCACACACCCCGGAGCAUCGAAAGACUAGAUUAUCAGGAUAACGAUUUUGUCCCUCUGUCUGCAACAUAGUUUUAUUCAAGCUUGCAUUCAGUGUUGUAUCAGAACGCCAACGGUUGAUCAGACACUAUUAGGGGUACCAUACCUCACUCAGCUUUCUUCGAGCCACAUCUUGC